CAUUGAGUGUCGGACCGGCGGAAGUGUGUCCGUGGGGGGAAGGUGUUGAGUGUCGGACCGGCAUGGAGGUCGCUCCAGGGAGGAGACCCGGUAAAAAUGAUGAUAAAGUGGAUGAAACGGAGCUGCUGACAGUACCGGAAGGAUGGAAGGAGGAACCGUUCACCAAAAUCGACAAUGUUCAUGGCCUUUUGGAGGAGAGCAGUUUUGCUACUCUCUUCCCUAAAUACAGGGAGGCCUAUCUGAAAGAAUGUUGGCCCUUGGUGCAAAACGCUCUGAAAGAACAUUAUAUUACAGCUACAUUAGAUUUGAUUGAAGGCAGUAUGACUGUUUCCACCACUAAGAAGACGUUCGAUCCAUAUAUCAUCAUUAAAGCCAGGGAUUUGAUCAAACUUUUAGCGAGAAGUGUUCCUUUUGAGCAAGCUGUCCGUAUUUUUCAGGAUGAUGUGGCAUGUGACAUCAUUAAAAUUGGAUCGUUGGUUAGAAACCGAGAACGAUUUGUGAAAAGAAGGCUAAGACUUAUUGGGCCAAAAGGAUCAACACUUAAGGCUUUAGAGCUGUUGACCAAUUGCUAUAUCAUGGUACAAGGGAAUACUGUGUCUGCCUUAGGACCAUACUCGGGACUGAAAGAGGUGAGAAAAGUAGUCACCGAUACCAUGAAGAACAUACACCCAAUCUACAAUAUCAAGAUUGAUCAGGAGCUGGCCACUGGUGAAUACUUCCUCAGAGAGAAAGACAAGAAGAAGAAGAAAUUACAUGAAACAAAGGUAAAAGAAGCAGAGGCAGCAGCCAGGCAAAAGGAAGAAAGAAAUAAAGCUUUUAUUCCUCCUAAAGAAAAACCUGCUGUUAAAGUGAAAAAAGCUGCAGAAGCAAAAGUUAACAUUGAAGCUCUUAAAGAAAAAGUGAGAGCUGCCAAGAAAAAGAAGCUAGGAGCCCCAGCAGUGGAGGAAAUUGCUCAGAAAAUAGUUCAAAAGAAGAAGAAAUAAAUUGACUUUUCCAGUUCUCCUAUGCUUUGGACAAACUGUUGGAAUAAUUAAUUCAGACGAUGUCACUGUUAUUCAGGCAGGGCUUCAACGUUUCAUCAUUUUAAUUGUUACAUGCAAGUGGCCAAGAAAAAUAAAUUGUUCAUUCUCUCUGACCGAUGCUGAAGGAACAAGCUCAUGGUCCCGUUCAUGAUUUCCUCACCUAAUUCAGUAGGACUGUUAGAUAUUUGUCUGUGCAAGGCUCCUGACAGGGUUUCUGAAAUGACAAUAUAGGUGAAGAAGAAUCCAUAUCAAUCCCUGUGUUACAACUGAUUUUAACAAAUAGUAAAAUCUUGAAGGCAAGUGCAAUCAAUGUGUUACAAGAUUGCUUGGAUUCUGCCCUUAGAGCUUCAUUAUUUCCACAGAUAAGCAAGAUGAAAAUAUUCUCCAUAAUUCAUCAUUGGUGUCAGAAACAAAACGUCUAGCUUGCAAAGCUGUGAAAAUUUGGUUUAGGAUUGAAUGAAUGGUGUACACAAAUGUUCAGAGAUAUUUCUAUUUUGUACUAGAGGUUUACGUUGUAUAAUACCAUAACUUUGUUUUUAUACGUCAUUGUUCAUUAAAUUUGUUUACCUGUGUCUUAAUUUUCAAAAA